UUAAAGAGCAGUUUCACAGGAUUGCAGGAUUUCCAAAUGUGGUUGGAUGCAUUGAUGGAACACAUAUUCCCAUCAAUGCACCUUCUGAAAAUGAAGGGGACUAUGUCAACAGGAGGUCCAUCCACAGUAUUAAUGUGCAGGUACACUGACUACUCUUUCUAAUGGUCAAAGACUACAUCACAAUACUGUACCUGACAUGUAUCAUUUUCUGCACUGCCAAGAUCAUAUGUGAUGCUUCACAUAUUAUCACGAACGUGGAGGCCAAGUGGCCCGGCUCUGUUCAUGACUCACGAAUAUAUCGUGAGUCAACCCUAAGUAACAGGCUGCAAUGUGGAGAGAUUGAUGGCUUUCUGCUGGGAGAUAGGGGUUACCCAUGCCAGCCCACACUGAUGACCCCUUACCCAGAACCUGCAGCAGGCCCCCAGCAGCGCUUUAAUGUGGCACACUGCAGAACAAGAGCCCGGGUGGAAAUGACCAUAGGCCUGUUGAAAGCACGUUUUCAUUGCCUACGUCACCUCAGGGUAACACCUGAGAGGGCCUGUGACAUUAUUGUGGCAUGUGUUGUUCUCCACAAUAUUGCAAUUAUUAGAGGGGAGCAACACCCUGCCCUACAAAUACAAGACCCUGAGGACGACCCCAUCCACCCUGCAGAUAACCAGGAUGGAAGGACAGUCAGAGAUAGGAUAUGCCGUAAUGUCUUCUUGGAUUAAUCAACAACCACCACCAUCACCACCACCACCGAUGAAAGAAAGUAACUGAAUAAAUGCAAAUCAUAAAUUAUUCGGGUUUCUUCAUUUCCUACAAAUACAAAAGCAAUUGUUAGGUUUCACAAUUCAUUCAAUAAUUCAUACAAUUCACCUGUAACUAUACACUCACCUCUAGC